AUGCAUUACACACCGACCAAUCCGAGUGGUCUCAUGCAAAUGGGAUCCAAGAAUAUGGACCGUUAUUAUGCCACGUUGGUUUGCGUAUGUCUUCAGUUGAACGGGUUUUAUACCACACCAGAACUACAAGAAAAACUCGUGCAGAAUCAGAGUCUUCUCAUUGAAUUACUUGUGCGUUAUCGGCUUGAACUUCCAUUCGGCAUGUCUAAUUUGCGUGGUCUAUGCGAAUCAGUAUUGAAAUCAAUGCCGAGAAAUCCAUACGCGUUGGAGGCCUUAAUUCGACUGAAACUGGAGACGUUUCUGUUUUCUGCCUUUCCGUCGUUGAUAUCUCCGAGUUUGGACGUGGAACACAAUGAUUCCGAUGACCCGCUUUACUUUUGUCGGGAACUGUGUCACCCGAUUACCACCGCGCAACUAGAUGCACUGGAUGCACACAUCGUGGAACACGCUGGUGACAUCGACGGACCGGGCUUGACAACCAGCAUCCGGAAUACAGUGCAGCUGGGUCGUUUAACCAGUGCUAUAGCCGGUUGGAUUUUAUCGGGCACGGAAAAUCGCUCGACUGAAACUGCCUCCGCGAACAAUCAGACAGAUCAUUGGUCUGACACGAUGCAUGCAAUAGAGCACAUGAGUUUAAAUGGUUAUCAAGGAAUUCACAAUUGGCGUCAUUUAGGUUUGAUGGAUUUUCACGCUAUGUGUCUAUUGGCUCUGUCCACCUUCAAGCUACACGCAUUCGAACGGUGUGACACUGUCACGGAACAAGUUUUAUCCUAUCUUGCUGCGCAUCAAAAUGAAAUGUGCUUAGAAAGUCGUGAACUGAGUGAGCUGGCCUCGGUGCCAUUGAGUCAGUUGACUGACUUCCUGCAGCCCAGACCUGCUGCAACGCCUUUCCGAUUACAGCUUCAGAAACCUAACUGGUCCGGAACUGUUCACGGUUGCCUGGUCGAGUGGAUGCUAGCGUUGCGAUUAGCCAAUGCAUCCGCUUCAGAACAACCUGCUUUGACCAACUAUGCAUCUCACGAUCUCGUACCGCGUUACAUUCCCAUGUUCCAGAAAUCGUUCUAUUGGCCCGAUGUCGUGCGCACCCUGUGGAUUGAAUGCUGUCUGACUGAUCAAAAUGUGAAUCUCGGUCUCGGGGUGCUCUUCCCGAACUCCGACUGCAGCACACUGGAGACCGUUCUCUCGGUGUACGCCCAACAAUCCUCUUCGCGUGCAAAGCUGUGCUGCUUGUGGAUCGCAGUGGAGCAGGCGCUGCAACAUGAUGAAACAGAUGAGAAUCGUUUAAAGGAGCUGACUGAUUUCAUCUUCGCACUGAUGGAGGAUUUCGGUUGUUCUAAAACAUCACGUGAGCAUUUUCUCUUCGGUCGAAUGAUUUCCCGAUUGUCCUUGUGCUCGAAAACCGCUGCUACGGAACCGAGACUCUCUCAGCCUGUCGAAGAGGAUUGUUACGUGGCGGGAGCUGGGGCUGACCCUGGGUAUUAUGCAAACCAUUUGUCUCUAGGUCGGAUAUAUCGUCGUAUGGGCAAAUUGAAGGAGGCGUUAAAGUCGCUCGCACAAGCCAAAAUGACCUGCCCUCGCUCACCGGAUUGUGCCUAUGAGCUCUCGGUGGCACUCUGUCAAGACCGUCAACUGCAAAAAGCGUUCGACUGCUACGCCGAUAUAAAUCCAAAGCUAUUCACCAAGGAGCUGUGGUUGAAUUACGGCCUAAUUGCGUUGCAUUUACGAAAUACACUGAAGGCGGUACCCGCCCUUCAGAAGGUGAUCAUCCUGGAUCCUAAAAACGCUCUCUAUUGGGAAAUACUCGGAGAGGCUUAUCUCUUACGGAGAAGUUACGAUACGGCCAUAAAGACGCUAUUGAAAUCGAUCGAGCUGGAUCCGAAACGUCCUUUCGCCCAUAUUCUAUGCGGCCAGGCCUAUCGAGGUAUUGAUGAAACAGUAUUCGCUAUACGAAAACUGGAACAAGGGCUGGAACUGACACGACAAGGAAUGGGCUCACAGGACCCUAGACACGAUAUGAUUAGUCUAUGUGUUUCGGCUCUGAAAGUUCCACAUCGUCUCGUCAGUGUUGUAGAGAAUCGGGACGCUCCGGAUCAAGACAACAACGUUCUCGUGUGUCCGUGUGUGUGUCUCCGUCUGGCCGAUAUCUACUCUGCUUGUGCACUAAAACAGUGGAGCAAACUGGAGCGCCUGCAGCACACAGACGUCAUCCCGAGUGCUAAUGAUAGCCCCGUACUUCAACGAUGCACUCUACUGGUAGCCAACGGCCUACAGUGCUUGUCCCAUGCCCGGUACCUGAAAGAAGGUCAUUCCAAAGCAUGCGGUUGUACCCUGAAAGAUGAUGAUACCAAGAUGAACGAGCUGUUUGAUUUGGCCGAAUCUUUUUUCAAACGGGCUUGUCGUGAACUGACCGAGUCAGCAGAGUUGGAUCAGCAAUUUUUGGACGGUUGUGAAGAUCAGGAGGAUGUGGCCGCAGUGAGUAAAAUCAAUCAAUUUGAAUCCAGUGCGGACAAGGUUGUCAGAUGUCGAUUGUCGGCCAAUCGUGCCCUUCAAUCCAAGGCGUGGUACGGUCUGGCCGAGCUAAUUUCACUUCGUCGAUCUAAUCACGAUCUAGUUGCGGAUUACUGUUUGUGCCAAGCUCUGAUGGCAAAACCUCAGAAUGCCGAAGCGGGUACAAGCUUGGCGCUGCGACUGUUGAAUCAGGGUCGAGCAAAGGUGGCAUCCACAAUGAUUACCCAGUUUCAAGCUCUGGAUCCAGGGAACUAUCUCGUUUGGCUGGCUUCAGCGCAUCUGAACGCGGUGAUUUCGGCCGGUGGCGGGAACAAGUCAUGCCUUGGAAACGAUAGAAAUCAAUCGGUGUUGCGCGAUCUUCUACAAACCGCCUGUCUAGGAACCAGUGUAGGUCCGGACCUUGUGAACUAUCACUUAGCCAUCGAAUUCCAACGUCCGUUUGAUAGUGAUUCCGUAUCGUUUUCACAAACCCCGAUUCACUUGUUACUUUCUCAAUACUUUUUGGCCACCUAUUUGUGUGUUGCAGAAGCUCUGGCAAAAGGAAUUAUAUUUUUGCACGAUCCAAAUCGAACAGUCGAAUACGACUUGGCCCGUCGUUGUGAGUUUUUAUUCUCAACCAGCCUCUCCGGUUAA